ACCCAUUUUUUAGUUUGUUUCAGAGCUCUCGGAAGCCAUUGUUAGAGCUUUAUCAUAAGCCAUGUCAGCCCUUUCUCGGCGUAGCUUCCGCUCCUCUUCUCGUCUCCUCUUCCGCCGCUCUUAUUCGUCUUCCGGUGUUAAAGCUCUCGGCGACCCUCCAAUUGUUCAUUCUCGCAGAGUAGUUGUAACCGGUUUGGGAAUGGUGAGCCCACUGGGUUGUGGCGUUGAGACCACUUGGAACCGUUUGUUGAAAGGAGAGUGUGGGAUAAGGAGUUUAACUACUGAUGAUCUCAAGAUGCAUAGUUUUGACAGAGAAACCCAGUUGUACACAUAUGAGCAGCUCAGCUCUAAAGUCGCUGCUGUAGUACCAUGUGGAACAAAACCUCACGAGUUCAAUGAGGAGCUGUGGCUUAACUCUAAGGAACAUCGAUCAAUUGCAAGGUUUAUAGGGUUUGCAUUAUGUGCUGUUCAUGAAGCUCUGAAAGACGCUAAUUGGCUACCCUCUGAGCAGGAACAAAAGGAAAGAACGGGAGUCUCAAUUGGUGGGGGAAUUGGAAGCAUUAGUGACAUACUGGAUGCAGCGCAAAUGAUUUGUGAAAAGCGUAUUCGUCGGCUUAGUCCAUUUUUCAUUCCACGGAUAUUAAUCAAUAUGGCAUCUGGUCAUGUGAGCAUGAAGUAUGGAUUUCAGGGACCAAAUCAUGCGGCAGUGACAGCUUGUGCUACUGGUGCACAUUCUAUUGGUGAUGCUGCAAGGAUGAUUCAGUUUGGAGAUUCAGAUGUUAUGGUGGCUGGAGGUACUGAGUCCAGCAUUGAUGCUUUAUCUAUCGCAGGAUUUUGUAGGUCGAGGGCAUUGACUACAAAGUUCAACGCUGCUCCGCAAGAAGCUUCACGGCCUUUUGAUUAUUCUAGAGAUGGGUUUGUGAUAGGUGAAGGUUCUGGUGUUUUGGUUUUAGAGGAACUUGAGCAUGCGAAAAGACGAGGAGCAAAAAUCUAUGCAGAGCUUCGUGGUUAUGGGACAUCAGGUGACGCACACCAUAUUACUCAACCACAUAUUGAUGGAAGAGGCGCUAUUCUAGCAAUGACACGUGCGUUGAAGCAGUCUGCUCUCAAUCCUGAACAAGUGGAUUAUAUUAAUGCCCAUGCUACUUCAACACCUUUGGGUGAUGAAGUAGAAGCCAGUGCUAUCAGAAGUCUCUUCUCUGAUCAUGCAACCUCAGGUGCUUUGGCUUUUUCCUCUACAAAGGGAGCUGUCGGCCAUCUCCUCGGAGCAGCUGGAGCUGUUGAAGCAAUCUUUACAAUUUUGGCCAUUAACCAUGGAAUUGCACCAUUAACACUCAAUCUCACGAAACCCGAUCCGAUAUUUAGCGACGCAUUUAUGCCAUUAAAUACUUCAAAAAAGAUGCCAAUAAGAGCAGCGUUGUCAAAUUCUUUUGGGUUUGGAGGAACAAAUGCAUCCCUGCUGUUCACUGCUGCUUCUUGACGAAUCAGUUUGGUUCACUAUCGUGCUCGGGAUAAUCAAACGUGUACGAAAAGGCGGGUAUUCUUUUUUCUCGUAAUGCAGAACACAUCAACAAAAUCUUAAUCUGGAGCUUUUGGAUACAACGGUUUGCUUGAAAGGGCAUUCAAAGAUGAGAAAACAUGCAAGCAUCAGUUCAUACUUUUUUUUUUCACGAAUUGUAUCUGUAUUUUCUGAGGUUUGGAGUUAGAAAAUUUUGAGCUUCUUUCUUUGUUCUUUUUAUAAAUAAAUAAAUUAAUUAAUUAAAGAUGAUUUUGAGUUGUAAAUUUGGUAUGAGCCAUAUUGUAAGAGCUGACAAGAUAAAACAGCAUAGAUAUUCCCGGCUGGCUCUUCGCGGAUGUUAGGAAGUGUUCCUUAGCCUGUUUCAAGAAUUGCCACUCUCUAAUGUAU